UACGAACAACAGCAGGAAGAUCUAGCGAGACAACUAGGAAAGGGCAAGCGAAUCCGCAAACAGGUCAACUAUGCGGUCGGCGAACAGCCCGAAGAAUGGCGGGACGACUACAGUGACAGUUUUUCAGCUUCGUCAGGUCUCUCAGGAGAUGAAGGAGAUGACGACGAUUUCAAUGAAAAAGUGGAAGGACGUCGAAGACGCCGAGAAGGCAGAGAAGAGAAAUUGCCUCCGCUGCUUGCAAGGGUCAACGGCCAAAUCGAGGUUUUGGGUUUUAACUCGCGUCAACGACGAGCAUUUUACAAUGCGGUCAUGCGAUGGGGUAUGCCUCCACCUGAUGCCUUUAAUUCGCAGUGGUUGGUGCGUGACCUGAAAGGCAAAUCAGAGAAGUCGUUCAGAUCGUACGUGUCGUUGUUCAUGCGACAUCUGUGCGAACCCGGCUGCGACAACUCCGAGACGUUUUCGGACGGCGUUCCGAGGGAAGGCCUGAAUAGGCAGCAUGUGCUGUCGCGCAUCGGCAUCAUGUCACUGAUCCGCAAGAAGGUGCAAGAGUUCGAAAUGGUCAACGGUGCCUGGAGCAUUCCGGAAAUGCAGCAGCUCGCUGAAAGUCAGCAGAGCAAAGACUCAGCUAUCCGCGAUGUCGACGACAUCGCUAAAGACAUGACGCCUGCUGAAAGCAACGGCAGCGAGGACAUAAUCAAUCAGGAAACUGCGGUGCCGAGUCUUCCGGAGAGCAGUGAAAGCAACGAUGCCAGUAACAUGGAACCACCAUCAUCGGUGUGUGGACUGACGUCGUUGCCACAAGCGGCCUCAGAAACUGGUGAGGACAAGCCUUCAUCUUCAUCGACCACCGCUUCCGCGUCACUUGUCAUCACCGAAGAGCCGCUUGCCGAAGAUGCCGGCGGCAAGCUGAUGAUUGACAUAGGCGAUUGUGGCGUUUCCGGUACUGAAGAUGCUCAGACGGUGGAAAAGAUCGUCGAUGACAAUGGUGCAGUGCAAACUACCCCGACGGUGGAUGACGAUUCGAAUGUAAUGGUCAAAACAGAUGACGUCGAAAAGGAGGCGACUACCCCGAGCAGCACUCACGAAGCGACAACUUCGUCAACGAAAAUCGUACCCCCUUCUGACGGUGAUCAGAAAGUGAAAAAGGGGGAAGCCGAAGAAAAGUCAGUCUCCAGCAAACCAAAGUUCAUGUUCAACAUCGCAGGUACGGACAUCGAUUACUGUUUGUUUUUUUCCUCUCAUACUCGAUAUGGUUCAGCGACUUUAACUGUUAUAAAACCCUUGUGCAUUUAGAU